UUUCCGAAGCCACCACUUUUGCUAAUUGCCAAUCUACCUGGCUCAGCCAUGACAUGGAUAAGCCACACCUCUCAGUGGCGCUUUGUGGCCAUGAGGGCUCGGGCAAGACCACCACUGCCGCACAACUCUUGGCCAACGACCCGACGAGGCGCACGGAACGCGGCUUCCGCGAGGCCUUCGCGAGCAACCCCGCUUCAGUGCUGGAUGUGCUGCAGGAAGAGCGCGAGAUCCAUUGCACCGUAGUAUUCAAGCAAAAGCAGUGGGCCGCCACCGUGGACAAUAGCGGCUACACGCUGGUCGACCUCCCGGGCCGCCGUCGCUUCCUGCGGAACGCCGUCGCGGGAUUGGCGCAGGCCGAUGGUGCGGUGCUACUGGUGCCGGCCGAUGAGAUGUUCCCUUGGUCGAUCUGCAAGGCCAAUGGCUAUGGUGGGCAGCCGGAGGGUGGAUCGCGUCAGCACAGCAGACUGCUUCACCUGCUUGGGGUGACCCAGUUGUGCGUCCUGGUGAAUAAGAUGGAACUGGUUCCGGUACCGGAGCAACCCAAGCGUUUCCAGGAGAUCCUCGAACGCACCAAGCUGAUGUUGCUGAAUACUGGAUGGAAAAGAGACUUCAUUGAAGAUAAGGUGGCCAUUUUGCCCGUGUCCGCGAGGAAUGCCACGAACAUCAUCAGAGACACCAACACCUUUGCUUGGUGGACUGGGCAGCAAGUCUAUGGAGCUUCUGGACCUGUUGAUGUUCACAGUCUUUAUGAUGUUUUGCAUCAUCUUUUUCACCCUCCAGAGCCAGAGAACUUGCUGCCCAUGCACAUGAUGGUAUCGAACUCUUGGUACCUCCCUGGCUGUGGCCAAGUGGUCGUGGGACGUAUCGAUCAAGGCACCCUGAAGCCAGGUGAUCGGGUGGCCUUUCUGGGACAUCAGGGGCUCGUCCAGUGGGACUUCGGACGUUCCGGAAGCCUCGUGCUGGGCAUUCAGAUGUAUCGAAGAUGGCUGGAGAGCGCCCAAGCGGGUGAUGUGGUGGGUCUUUGUGUCUCGAAUGCCUUCUUCCCCAGUCCAGAACGAGGCCAAGUGGUGAUGAAAGUCUCUGAGAUGCCAGCUCCACUUAUGCUCUUUCAAGCGCAAGUGGGCUUAACUGGCCCGCUGCCCAUCCGCUUGGGCAACGUGUCGUUGGCUUGUGGAAAGUGCAGUCGUGCUCCUUGUCGUUUAGUGGAGAUCCUUUGGAAGAUGAAUAAGCAGACGGGAGGCCAAAAGGCGGGGCUCCACCCUCAGAAAUAUGAGCUGAGAGUGAAGACGAGCAUAGUGAAACCAGCGCUGUGCCCCACCUAGCGGCCCGUAGCGAGUUCGCAAUUCAAUCUUCAGAGCUCAAUUUGUUCAAUCACGUCAUAACUCCAACUCCUUGAAACGUGCUUCUCCCGUACAAGAGCCAAAGUACAUCAUAGAUCAUCAUAGUACAUCAGCAUAUAUACACAUACUUUGACAGAUGGACAUGUCAUACCUGGCCGCUUUUGGCCGAACAACUGUUUUUUCUGGCGCGCAGUUCCAGGCCGCAGAGAUCUGUGGAACGGUCCGAGUGGUCGCAGCGGAACGAACUUUCGUUCCGUGGAACGUAUCCGACGGUUCCUCAGGUGGAAAAGCCCCAGGAACUUCGACCACAUGACAUGGCACUUUGCACCUUUCAGCCCCUGAGGCCUUUCUUCUGUGACACCUAUACAUCGCCUUGCAGCAAGCUGUCACGCGUGGCGUUUCUGGAAUCCAACUUUGUGAUGAUGGUGGGCAAGGUAGUGACUUGUGUGCGGAGGGAUGAGUACAAUGACAAGGGUGGGAAGAAGAAGUGAACAUUAAAUGGACACUUAAAUGGACAAAGCAAGUACGUAUGAUGGGCUUCAUCAAGGGCGCCUUGUAAAUGGCCGGCCUGCUUUCUUCAUGCCCCCUUGUCAUUGUGCGAAGAGGUGAGCUGCGCAGAUGACCGCGACGAAGAGCCGGGCGGUGUAUGCCUUCACGGAGGGUUGGGCUAGCCAGCGGUAGCUUAACCAGGUCCUUUUGAUACUGAGCAUGUGUUGGAGCUGAAAGUGUCCAGGGCUUGCCGCCGUUUGUUCAAUGUUUUGAGCAACUCAGAGUAGCGGCUUGGGCUGAAGCCUGCGUCAGCCUGCAUCGUCCUGGCUGGACGGGAGUGGGUAAACAGUGGAGGCUUGCUGAUCGCUUUGGAGUACCACUGGGAGGCCACUGCCAUGGCUGGCUGUAGGUGAAUUUCAGUUGAUUUCAGCUAUUGGGCAUGUUGCUAAUCAAUCACAUUUGUUGAAGCUGUCCAAUGCUCUCAGCAUGUAGAAUGUAGAGUGCACAGUGCCGUCACAUCUUCUUGGCCUGCGCCCCUCCCCUUAAUCAAGGGGAGUGAUUCUAGAUUGCCCUCCUGAUUCUGUUUGCAGUUUGACACCGAGCAUCCAAAAGAUGCAUAAAGAUGCAACCAGAAAAUAGAAAGAACAUCUCUAGGGACUGGACAAGGGUCCGAUAAAAGGAAUUAUCGAUGAUCAUAGAUGUAGUUGCUUCCUCUUUGGAUGAUUCUUCAAGUGAAAAUUGCAACAGAAG